AUGGCAGAGCAGAGGAUGGGAAGAUUUAAUAGCCAAGGGUUCUCCCUUCAGGCGCCACUUUCGAGGCCUAGCGAGCGGGCUGCAGCAGGCAGCAGCUGCAUGGUUGCAGACUCUACCAGAGACUUGUGGGACAGGCUCUUCUCUGAAGGGUACCAAGCUGAUGUUUUUGUCCACACAAACGAGGGCACUAUUCCAGCCCAUGCAAGCAUUCUUGGCAUGGCUUCGCCAGUGAUGAAGGACAUGUUGAAACUCGGAGGCUGUCGGAAGGCCAUCUCUAUACGCGGUGUCCCUCAUUGUGCCGUCAGAGCCUUCCUUCGCUUCCUCUACUCAUCAUGCUAUGAGCAGGAAGAGAUGAACCAAUUUGCGAUGCACCUGCUGGUGCUAUCACAUGUGUUUGCGAUCCCUGCGCUGAAGAAUGUAUGGGUGCAGCAGCUGGAGAGAGGCCUGCUAACUAUUGAGAAUGUGGUUGAUGUCUUCCAGCUAGCCAGGCUUUUUGAUGCUCCACGGCUUGGCCUCAUUUGCCACCGGAUGAUAGUGAGGAACUUCAAGGUGGUGUCUGCCUCUGAGGGGUGGAAGGUGAUGAAGCAAAGCAAUCCACGGCUGGAGAAGGAGCUCCUGGAAUCCGCGAUCGAUGCUGAUUUAAGAAAGAAUGAAAGGUUGAAGAAGUUGGAGGAGAGGAAGAUCUAUCUCCAGCUACAUGAGGCAAUGGAGGCCCUCGUUCACAUAUGCAGAGAUGGAUGCCGGACGAUAGGGCCCCAUGACAAGGUCCUAAAGCAAAGCACAACCCCCUGCAACUUCCCAGCUUGCAAAGGACUAGAAGCACUCGUUCGGCACUUCGCAGGCUGCAAGAACCGUGUCCUCGGUGGCUGCACUCAUUGCAAGAGGAUGUGGCAACUGCUUGAGCUCCACUCUCGGCUAUGCACACAAGUAGAUGGAUGCAAAGUUCCUCUCUGCAGGCAUUUCAAGGAGAAGUCGAGGCUUCAGAACAAAAAAGAUGAGGUGAAGUGGAAGCUGUUGGUGAGCAAAGUGCUAGAGGCAAAGAGCUUCUCCGGAGCUCCCUUCCUACAGUCCAUUGUUUCUGUGUGCACCUAAGCUUGUGUCACUUCCCAAGGGCUUCUCUCUGGCCAGAUAUGAUGCAUAGUAGAUCAGACUACAAAUAUACUGUGAGGAUUGUAAUAUGAUGUGCAUGGGUGAACGAAUACUUGAUCAGUAUCAGUAGUUGGCUAGCUGAAAUCACUUCAUUUGGGUUGAUAUUGCAAAUGGAGGUGCACUCU